AUGGUUUUCACCGAACUUACCAGCAAGGAUGACUUCGAAAAGGCGAUCAAGACCGAGGGCAAAUACGUGAUCGUCUACGUCUACGAGGGUGCGAUGCCUCCGCAGGCCGAAGAAUACGCCGCCAAAUUCUCCUCGUCAACAGCGGCCUAUAAACUUGAUAGCAACAAGUACGGCGCAGCCAAGGAGUAUCACAAAGUCACCACUCUCCCCACCGUCAUUGCCUUCAAGGACGGCAAGGAGAUCAAGCGUGCGACAAACGAGGCCGAACGCAAGGAGCUCGCUGCCACUUUGAGCUCGUGA